GCCCGCCGGCCCGGGGGUUCCGGGAUCUCCCUCGCCGCCUCCGCCGCCCCCCGCCAGCCCCGGGGUACCCGCGGCCCCUCGCCCCGCUCCGCCCCGCUCCCGCCGGGCCCCGCUCCCGCCCCGCCGGGGAUGCGGCCGGCGCGGUGCCCCCCGCCUGCCCCGGGCAGGACCCGGCCUCCCGGAGCUCCCCGGCCUCGCAGUCCCGCGCCCGGCUCCGCCUGAGGCAGCAGCGGGCACGGGGCGCCGGCAGCGCUGCUCCGACUCCGCCAUGGCCCCGCCGGGCCCCGCGGCCCCCAGGUAGCGGCGGUGCAAGGAGCCGAGGCGCGGUGACCGAGGGGCCCCCGGUGCCGUCCCCGCCGAGCCCGCCCGGAGCUGCCGCUGCUGCUUCGCCCGGAGAGCUGACAUGGUUCCAGCGCACCUGACCCUGCUGCACUCCAGCGAUACUUGAAAGCCAAACCCGUGGCUCUUUUGGCCUUUGCUAACUCAAUGCUAUGCAAAAGAAAAGGAGGAAAAAAAAAAGAAACGCUGACACUAGUUGUGGUGGGAAUGGCUGUUUCCUGCCCUGGGUGAGCCAAUGUGUGGUUUCUUGCUUGUGAGAUGAACUAAUUCUCCUUUACCGGGUGGAAGACACACUACAUAUGACAACCUGAAACUUUGGUAAUGCUUGGUCAUUGCUGAGCGGUUGGAACUUUUACUCGUUUGAUUUUUUUAUUUUUAUUUUUAUUUUUUUUUUCAUCAAGUCACCUAAGGAGCCUUGUUGCUGUCUUCAGGAGCAUUGGAGGAAUUUGUCUUAAUUCUUCACCUCAAGUGACUUUAUCCCACUGUGAGUGCAGCCAGUGCACCCACCUAAAUACCUUCUCCUUCAAAACUCCUUCCCAGCCUGGAAGAUCAGGGAUCACAGACUUCUUCAAAAACUUCUCCUCCUGGGAAAGGCUGCCCAUAGUUACUUUAUGGGGCAGCAGCCUGGAAAAGUUCUUGGGGACCAAAGGAGGCCAAGUCUGCCUGCCCUGCACUUCAUCAAAGGAGCAGGGAAGAAGGAGUCAUCAAGGCAUGCGGGCCCACACUGCAACGUCUUCGUGGAACAUGAAGCCCUUCAGAGACCAGUAGUGUCAGACUUUGAGCCGCAGGGUCUGAGCGAAGCAGCUCGCUGGAACUCCAAGGAAAACCUUCUCUCCAUCCCCAGUGAAAAUGACCCCCAUCUCUUUGUUGCACUGUAUGAUUUUGUGGCGAGUGGGGACAACACUCUCAGCAUAACUAAAGGUGAGAAGCUCCGUGUGCUGGGCUACAACCACAAUGGGGAGUGGUGCGAGGCUCAGACCAAGAACGGGCAGGGCUGGGUGCCCAGCAAUUACAUCACCCCUGUGAACAGCUUGGAGAAGCACUCGUGGUACCACGGGCCGGUGUCGCGCAACGCCGCCGAGUACCUGCUGAGCAGCGGCAUCAACGGCAGCUUCCUGGUGCGCGAGAGCGAGAGCAGCCCCGGGCAGAGAUCCAUCUCCCUGCGCUACGAGGGCAGGGUCUACCACUACAGGAUCAACACUGCCUCCGACGGCAAGCUCUAUGUGUCUUCAGAGAGCCGCUUCAACACCCUGGCAGAGCUGGUGCACCACCAUUCCACCGUGGCAGAUGGGCUCAUCACCACGCUGCACUACCCGGCGCCCAAGCGCAACAAGCCCACCAUCUACGGCGUGUCCCCCAACUACGACAAGUGGGAGAUCGAGCGCACCGACAUCACCAUGAAGCACAAGCUGGGGGGAGGCCAGUAUGGAGAGGUGUAUGAAGGAGUCUGGAAGAAGUACAACCUGACAGUGGCUGUGAAAACUCUCAAGGAGGAUACUAUGGAGGUGGAAGAGUUCUUGAAAGAAGCUGCAGUAAUGAAGGAGAUCAAGCAUCCGAACUUGGUGCAAUUAUUAGGGGUGUGCACACGGGAGCCUCCUUUCUACAUCAUCACAGAGUUCAUGACGUAUGGGAACCUGCUGGAUUACCUGCGGGAGUGUAACAGGCAGGAGGUGAAUGCUGUGGUGCUGCUGUACAUGGCAACUCAGAUCUCCUCAGCCAUGGAGUACCUGGAGAAGAAAAACUUCAUCCACAGGGACCUUGCUGCCAGGAACUGCCUUGUAGGGGAGAACCACUUGGUGAAGGUGGCAGACUUUGGCCUGAGCAGGUUAAUGACGGGUGACACCUACACAGCCCACGCUGGAGCAAAAUUCCCCAUCAAGUGGACUGCACCAGAAAGCCUGGCCUACAACAAGUUCUCCAUUAAAUCUGACGUCUGGGCCUUUGGUGUUCUGCUGUGGGAAAUUGCAACCUAUGGUAUGUCCCCUUACCCUGGGAUUGACCUGUCUCAAGUCUAUGAGCUGUUGGAGAAGGACUAUCGUAUGGAGCGUCCUGAAGGCUGUCCUGAGAAAGUUUAUGAGCUCAUGAGAGCAUGCUGGCAGUGGAGUCCUUCUGAUAGACCCUCCUUUGCUGAGAUCCAUCAGGCCUUUGAAACGAUGUUUCAGGAAUCCAGCAUCUCGGAUGAGGUGGAGAAGGAAUUGGGAAAGAAGGGCAUGAGGAGUGUAGUGAGCAAUUUCCUGCAAGCCCCAGAGUUGCCAACCAAAACGCGAACAUCGAGGAGAGCUGCCGAAAGCAAAGAUGCCAACGAGGGCUUGGAGACUGCACAUGCUCGAGGCCAGGGGGAAUGUGAUGCCCUGGAUCACGAACCUGCUGUUUCUCCCUUGCUCCCACGGAAGGAGAGGGUGGCCCUGGAGAGCAGUUUGAAUGAAGAUGAGCGGCUGCUUCCAAAAGACAAAAAGCACAACCUCUUCAGUGCCCUGAUCAAGAAGAAGAAGAAAACUGCCCCUACCCCUCCGAAACGGAGCAGCUCCUUCAGGGAGAUGGACGGACACGCGGAGCGCAGGGCGGGCGGGGAGGAGGAGUGCAGGGAUGCUGGCAACGGGGCUUUCAUUGCCUCCCCUGCAGACACAGCUGACCCCUCCAAGUUCCAGAGCCCAAGCAACGGGGCUGGUGUCACCAAUGGGGUCGUGACUGGGAACUCUGGGUUCUUGUCUCCCCACUUACGGAAGAAGUCCAGCACGAUGAGCAGCGGCCGAGGGGUGGCUGGUGAGGAGGAGAGCAGCUCCAACUCCAGCAAGCGUUUCUUGAGGUCCUGCUCAGCCUCCUGUGUGCCCCAUGGAGCGAAGGACACGGAGUGGAAAUCUGUGACUCUGCCCCGGGAUCUGCAGUCCACGGGGCGCCAGUUUGAUUCCUCCACUUUCGGGGGGCACAAAAGCGAGAAGCCGGCGCUGCCUCGGAAGCGGGCGAACGAGGCCAAGGCUGAUGUGUCUGUCAGGGGAACAGUGACCCCUCCUCCACGGCUGCUUAAGAAGAAUGAGGAGACUGCUGAUGAUGUGUUCAAAGAUGCAGAGUCCAGCCCUGGUUCCAGCCCUCCCACCCUGACUCCAAAACUUGGCCGUAGGCAACCUGCUGCCCCUCCUUCCUCCAGUGGGCUCCACAAGGAUGAUGGAGUCAAAUCCAGUGCCUUAGGUACCACUGUGAUGAUGGACCAAGGCUCUGCUGCCAAACCCAACCCUGCUGGGUUCGUGGGGGCCAGCAAAGCUUCCUCUGAGGAGCCACGCCUGAGGAGGCUCAAGCAGACCUCGGAGUCUGCAGGGAAGGACAAAGGGAAGUUAUCGAAGCUGAAACCAGCCCCUCCACUCCCACUGUCUUCAUCCUCCAUUGCCAAGCCUGGGAAGGUUUCUCACAGCCCCAGCCAUGAAGCAGCAGCAGAUGUGGUGUCUGGGCCGAAAUCCAAACAGUUGACUCAGGUUGGAGAGGCUGCAGGCAGUGAUGCUGUCAAGCCAAACCAGUCAGGGGAAGGUGUGAAAAAGCUGGGGAUCCCCUCUGUACCAAAGCCACAGUCCUCUACAAAGCUGCUGCUGAGCACAGCAACCCCAGCUGCCUCUUCCUCAUCCGUACCCUCUGCCCCAGGCGGGGAGCAGACGUCAUCCACAGCCUUCAUCCCCCUCAUAUCCACCAGGGUGUCGCUGCGGAAGACCCGGCAGCCCCCGGAGAGGAUUGCCAGUGGCACCAUCACCAAAGGGGUGGUGCUGGAAAGCACCGAGGCUCUGCGGCUCGCCAUCAGCAAGAACUCUGAGCAAAUGGCCAGCCACAGCGCCGUCCUGGAGGCUGGCAAGAACCUCUACACCUUCUGCGUGAGCUACGUGGACUCCAUCCAGCAGAUGAGGAACAAGUUUGCCUUUCGGGAGGCCAUCAAUAAGCUGGAGAACAACCUGCGGGAGCUUCAGAUCUGCCCGGCCACCGCCGGCAGCGGCCCUGCCGCCACCCAGGACUUCAGCAAACUGCUCAGCUCCGUCAAAGAAAUCAGCGACAUCGUUCAGAGGUAGCAAGAAACCAGGCUGAGAAACAAAGCAAGUGAAUCAAUCAGUCACAAUGGGCCAAAGCCAGUGUGGAGAGAGUAAGGUGUGGACUGAGCGGGGCGUUGGGGUUAGGGCUGUGCCAAGGACGCAGACUGUGCAUGGACGCCCCAGCCCUAAGGGCAGGGCUGUGUUAAGGAGGCACUCCCCACCCUCUGAACUCACAUUCCCUGUGUUUCAUAUUCUUGUAAUCGUCUUAUCUGUGGAGUUCUUGCCUUGUGGACUACAAGUCUAAAUGCUGAGGUUACACCAUGCCUUUUUAUUAAUAUUUUAUUGUUCUGGACAGACCAGUAAGACUGAGGCCAGACUGGUGGACACUGAGAUGCCAUCCUCCUCAGGAGGACUUUGUGCCAUUUUUGUCCCUCCCUCUGCCCCUCUGUACAUGAGGAUGAGUGUCUGGAUAGCAAUAUACCCACUGCAUUUCUUGGGAGAGUUUGCCCAGCACACGGCCCUGGCCCAAGUCUGACAUUUACCUGACACUAGUGCAACAGAUUUGGUGCUUGGGAGGGAAGGGGGAAAAUUAUUAAUGUAAGGUUUUUUUAAUGACAGAAUGCUACAAAUGAUGAUUGCCCAAAUUCUUCCUCUGCUACCCUUCACCUGCUACCCUUCAUUUCUGUGUUUUCAGUAGUUUCUCAGCCUGUUUGUGGAUCUCCCUGGCAGCAGAGCAGGCCUGGAGAAGGUCUGGGGGAGGAUGUGCUGUGGUGCUGUCUGACACUAAUUGGGCUGGUGUUUGGGGUGGGUGUCACAGAGCAGCUGGGAGGGUGGCAGUGGGAAGAGACGGCUCGGGGUGAGUUCUGAGACACUGCUGGGCUGAGCCUGCACAUCACAGUGGGUGAGAGCUGCCGUGUCUCCAGUCGAAUUUCCAGCUUUUUGUUUUGUGAAGGGAGCUGGAGCCUGGCCCCUGCCCUCCUGCAGAGCCCUGUGCUUUGAUGGGCUGUGGUGCCUGCCUUUCUGUGCCACUGGAACCCCCUGGGAGGAGCUCCAGUGCCAGUUCCCUGGGGUUAAAAACAUUCCUACCUUCAUGGCAGCGUGGUUCCAUCCAGCAGCAAACAAGGAUCUGUGGAGACUGCAGACACUUCUCUGGGGUGCAUCUCCCCAGGAAACUGCCACAACAUGCUGACAGCAAGACUCCUGGCCUUCCUUGCCAAGGUCCUGUGACCUUCCCAAUUAAUGCUGGGAACUAACUGUGACUCGUGACAAUAGUGAAAGAACAAGGUUUAGGGCUAUUAACAGUGCAAUUUAACUCCUCUUAACAGUUCCAAACAUGAGAAAAACACAUUUCCCGUUUUCUGUUCCCCUGUAACUCGUGACCCCUCUUGUGUAUCUUAAACACUAAUUGCCUUCAAUUGUAUUUUAUGCUGUUCUCUUUGGAACUGUUUGUUUUGUAUCAGAUUUCUAGUAGUUCACUCUGUGUGUUCAUGACACUUCUCACCCUCACAAACAGCCAUGACUUAACACAUGACAAAUGUUCAAAAGAAAAUACACAUUUCUGCCACAGGCUGCCUUUAAAAAUGUAAGAAAAAACCCAACCCUUGAAUUGUCUUUUUCCUGGAGGUACUGUUUUUACUUUGAUAACAUAUUGUGCCACUAUAUUAUACAUUUGUAUCUCGUUAUUACACACUUUUGUAGACUUGUCUUUUUUACAGUGUGUAAAUAGCUCUGUCCUUCAUCUCUGUGAUACUUAAGGGGGUCGUUUCCCCUUUAAUUUAGUCCAGUACAGAUUGUUUCUGUACAUGACUUUCAAUUCUUCUCUCUUUCUCUAUUUCCAUUUUUUUGAUUUGUUUUUUUUUAUUCCAGUCUCUCUUGUGUAGUAUAUUUAAAAAUAAAUCAAUGUUGAGGAAAA